UCCCACCAAAGAUUGGAUCUUUAUAUUUGUUGAUCUUUGUUGAAAUUACUUGUGUUUUACUAUACUGUUUAGUCUUUGGAUCCUUGUUUUGGGUUUUCUAUAUUUGGAAAUUUGGUCUUUUUUUGACUUAAUUUUCUUUUUCUUGUUUGGCGGCUGGGAAAAUUGAUACAUGUGAAGUUGAUCUAUGAAUAGAUCGCUCAUUUCUUACUUGACUUAGCUCAGUCAGUUCUUUUUAGGUGGUUUGAUUUCAGAUUUUUAAAAAAACUCAUAAUAAAAAAUAAAUUCAAAGCUGUUGAACUCUUUAUAUUUGUAAAGUUUGAGUCUUUGUUUUGGAUAUGAGAUUAGUUAUUGUUGCAACAAGUUAAAUUUGUUUUGAUCAGUUAUAGACAAAGUAAAGAGUACUUUGUGUUUCUAGCAAAUGAAAGUAUGUACUGUGGAUUGGAGCGGUUGAAAACACUUCCUCGGAUUUCUCUCUAUGAUAGUAGAUCUGCCAACAUAGAUAUGAAUCACUUGACAGUUGAGACAGAAGAUACUUUUGCAAGCUUGCUUGAGUUUGCAGCUAAUAACGAUGUUGAGGGUUUCAAGCAUACAAUUGAGCGUGACCCUUCUUGUGUUGAUGAGAUUGGACUAUGGUAUGGUCGUCAGAAAGGCUCUAAACAGAUGGUUAAUGAACAUAGAACUCCAUUGAUGGUUGCUGCUACUUAUGGCAGUAUCGACGUUAUAAAGUUGAUUCUUUCUUCGUCAGAUGCUGAUGUUAAUCGUUCUUGUGGCCUAGACAAGAGCACCGCCCUUCAUUGUGCUGCCUCCGGUGGGGCAGUAAAUGCUGUUGAUGUUGUGAAACUUCUUUUAGCUGCAGGUGCUGAUCCUAAUUUGAUAGAUGCUGACGGUCUUCGGCCGGUUGAUGUCAUCAUUGUUCCGCUAAAGCUCCAAUAUGUGAAAUUUAGUCUUGAAGAACUUCUCCGCAAUGACGGGUCUCUUGCUGAGUGUCAUUUGAGGGUUUCUACAGCCACAUCAAAUUCAACUUCUCCACCGCUUUCACCAUCUGUAGAGAAUGGCUCGCCACUGUCUUCGUCAGAUUCCCCAGUAAAACUAAAGCUAAAUGAUGCAACUCUAUCUACUACUUCAGAGAAAAGGGAAUAUCCCGUUGAUCCAUCUUUGCCGGACAUCAAAAACAGUAUAUAUUCAACUGAUGAAUUCCGAAUGUACUCAUUCAAGGUCCGGCCUUGUUCUCGUGCCUAUUCUCAUGAUUGGACUGAAUGCCCAUUUGUUCACCCUGGUGAAAAUGCUAGAAGAAGGGAUCCUAGGAAGUUCCAUUACAGUUGUGUUCCAUGUCCCGACUUUCGUAAAGGGGCUUGCAGACGAGGGGAUAUGUGUGAAUACGCUCAUGGAGUUUUUGAGUGCUGGCUUCAUCCAGCACAAUAUCGAACUCGGCUUUGCAAAGAUGGUACAAGUUGUGCCAGGAGAGUUUGCUUCUUUGCCCACACAGUGGAGGAACUCCGUCCAUUAUAUGUAUCUACAGGCUCUGCUGUUCCUUCCCCGCGCUCCAGCACUUCUGGUGCUAGUGCUAUGGAUUUUGCUGCAGCUAUGAGCCUCUUGCCAGGAUCCCCUUCGUCGGUAUCCAUUAUGUCUCCGACACCAUUCACUCCACCAAUGUCUCCAUCAGCUAACGGCAUGUCCAAUUCUUCUGUAGCGUGGCCCCAACCAAAUGUUCCAGCCUUACAUUUGCCUGGAAGCAACUUCCAGUCAAGUCGCUUGAGAUCUUCCCUUAAUGCAAGAGACAUUCAUGCUGACGAUUACUGUAUGCUGCCAGAUUUUGACGCGCAGCAUCAGCAGCUUUUAAACGAGUUAUCUGGUCUUACUCAACCACCUUUGAGUAACAACUCAUUAAACCGUUCUGGUCGUAUGAAACUAGCUCCUUCAAAUCUUGAUGAUCUGUUUUCUGCGGAGAGCUUUUCUCCUCGGUUCUCUGAUCAAGCACUGGCCUCUGCUGUUUUCUCUCCAACACACAAGUCUGCUGUUCUCAAUCAAUUCCAGCAGCAGCAAAACAUGUUAUCACCAGUCAACACAACUUUUUCUUCUAUGAAUGCUGACCACUCUCUGUUGCAGGCCUCUUUUGCAUCAGGCCGGAUGUCUCCUCGAAACAUGGAACCUAUCUCGCCUAUGAGCUCCCGGAUGAAUAUUUUGGCUCAACGCGAUCACCAACAGAAGCUUCGCAGCCUAAGUUCUCGGGAACUAGGCUCCAACUCUGCCGCCUUUGUUGGCUCCCCAACAAACUCUUGGUCAAAAUGGGGCUCUUCAAACGGGAAACCGGACUGGACUGUUAGCACCGAUGAACUUGGUAAGCUUCGCAGGUCAAACUCAUUUGAGCUUGGCAACGGAGAGGAGCCCGAUCUAUCAUGGGUGCAAUCCCUCGUUAAAGAAUCUCCCACCGAGACGAAAGAAAAAGUUGCAACUCCUGUUUCGAGUAAGAUUGCAGCUAGUGCCUCAUCAAGUGAGAGUUCAAAUACGAGCUCCCAAAUCGAUUCAGUUGAUCAUUUGUUGGGGGCAUGGAUGGAGCAGUUCCAGAUUGAUCAGCUUGUGGCUCAGCAAAACUGAAACCAAAUUUUCAAAAUGCAGAGAUAGAGCAAACAGGCAAGGUUUUUGGUAAAUAUUUUCAUCUUCUUUUUGGAGUUAUCUUGUUAGUGGUGUUGAUGGUAACAGUUACAGAAGACUAGAAAAAGUGAACAAAUUCACUUCGGAAAAGGGAAAAACAUUCAUUUUCACCAUUUUUAUUGUUACAAAACACAAGUUAGAGAACAAAAAAGGGAAAAGGGUGAGAUAACAUUUGGUCUAGAAUCAAAAGAAUUGAGCCCUGGCUAGGUCUAUUAAUUCUUUACCAAUAUUUUCCAAUUUUUAAAUUUCUAUUAUUAUUGUCAUUUUUUUAACAUUCUAUGAAGAAUAUGUUAUUGUAACUAAA